UUUUGGAAGUUUGAAUGAUCCAUGGUUUGAUUUGAUUUGUUGAUGAAUUGCUUGUUGUUUUUUUAUCUUGGUUGCUGAUUGACAUUGCUGCAUGAUUGUAUAUUAUUUAUUCGGCUUCCGUGUACAAUUUGGGAUCACAAGUUAGUGGCUGCAAGACAGCUCUUCAUGCUCGCAAUCGAUUUCUAUAUUAUUAUCAUCUCUGCAUUGAUUGUGUUUCGUCGCUUUCAUCGUUUCAAUCGUUUUCAAUCAAUCAUUCAGCUGGUUCGAGGUUUUGGCUGCUGUUCUAUAUAUAUAUAUAUAUUUAAACAAUUUGUAGGUGUUUCAUCCGUGGAAUUAAAGGAUUUUUUCACUUUCCGGAACUUCGAAUAAUAUCGUCAUUUCUGUUCUAUUUUGUGUGCUGAGGACAUAAGCGAUGACGGUUGAUAUAAUACUCGAUGGCGGACAAUCGCCUCGGGUUGUAUUGUCAGAGCCAAGUGGUUCGACAGCUGAGGUGCUCCUGUAUGGUGGUCAGGUGAUAUCUUGGAAGAACCAGAAAAGAGAAGAGUUACUAUUCAGAAGUAACAAGGCUCUGUGGAAGGGAGAUAAGACAAUCAGAGGUGGAAUAACCAUGGGCUUUCCACAGGUUGCCAAUUUUGGUUCGCUCGAGCAACCUGGAUUUGCAAGGAAUCGAUUAUGGUCAUUGGACAGCUCUCCUUCCCCUCUGCUUCCUGUCAAUAAUCAGUCAGCUGUGGAUCUUGUGCUAAAAUCCACAGAAGAGGAUCUAAAGACUUGGCCACAUAGAUUUGAGUUGAGGCUACGAAUUUUGGUUGGUGCUGGAAAACUAACCUUGAUUACUAGGGUGCGAAAUACAGAUAGCAGGGCCUUCAAAUUCACCUUUGCCUUGUGCAAUUACCUAUCUGUAUCUGAUAUCAGUGAAGUGCGUGUAGAGGGCUUGGAGACACUUGAUUACUUUGAUAAUCUGUUACAAGGAGAGAGAUGUACUGAACAAGCAGAUGCACUUACUUUUGAUGACGAGAUUGACCGGGUGUAUCUAAGCACUCCACCCAAGAUAGCCAUCAUAGACCAUGAGAAGAAGAGAACCUUUGUACUCCGCAAAAAGGGCAUGCCGGAUGCAGUUGUACGGAACCCAUGGAACAAAAAAUCAAAGGCUCUACCUGAUUUGGGGGAUGUGGAUUGCAAAACAAUGCUAUGUGUUGAUUCUGCUUCUGUUGAAUUACCAAUAAUUUUGAAGCCCUUUGAAGAGUGGAGGGGCUAUCAAGAGCUGUCAACUGUCUCCUCAAGUUAUUGCAGCGGACAAUUAGAUCCUUGGAAAGCUCUUCACGGAUUAAACUGAUAAAAAAUUUUACAGUGCACAUAAGGUUGUUAUCUACCAACUCCUGUUGUGUAUAUUCUGUUUGUCUUUUGUAUACAGGCAAUAAUUCUGGAUUACAUAUUAGUAAAUAUGGUGGUUAUGUCUAGGCUCCAGCAACCAUGCUACUCGAGUUUCAUGUUGUUGAAUGAUCUUUUAUGUCUUUUAUUUCUAUAUGAAAAGAAUUACACUCA